AUGCGUUGGUUUUUGCUUUUUGUUACAAUCGCCGCUGCUACUCAGCUUCGCCAGCCCAAAGCUUGGUGGAAGGAAGGUGUAGUGUACCAAGUGUACCCAGCCAGCUUCAAGGAAAGUCGAUCCGCUGAAGAUGCAAUAGGAUGGGGAGACAUUAACGGUAUCUUCGAGAAUCUCGACCAUAUCCAAAUGCUCGGAGCGGACAUCAUCUGGCUGUCACCAUUCUAUGACUCUCCCUUAUUCGACUUGGGAUACGACAUCAGCAAUUAUACUUCUGUGAAUGCAAAGUUUGGCGGAAGCUUAAAGGACAUCAAGAAGUUCAUCCAUGAAGUGCAUAAGAGAGGAAUGAGGUGCAUCUUCGAUCUUGUCAUAAACCACACCAGCGAUGACCAUCCGUGGUUCAAAGAGUCCAAGAGCUCCGUGACGAGUCCAAAGCGGGACUGGUACUUCUGGAGACAGCCGCAAUACAAGAACGGCACGAGAUAUCCUCCGAACAACUGGGUGGGAUACAACGGAGAAAGUGCGUGGGUCUGGGAUAAGCACACCGGCGAAUACUAUUUGGGAAUCUUCAGCCCCUACCAGGUCGAUCUCAAUUGGGACAACCCAGAUGUCCGCGAGGCCGUCUACCAAGAUGCACUGAGGAUCUGGUUAGACAUGGGCAUCGACGGCUUCCGAAUCGAUGUCAUCUCGUACUACAGCAAGACUCCUGGCCUACCAAACGUGCCUGCGAACGACGACGGAUUCUAUUCUGGAGCGCAAUUCUACGUGAACGGCCCCAACGAGCACAAGUACCUGCAGGAGAUGAACCAAAAGGUGCUUUCUCACUAUGACGCAUUUACUGUCGGAGAAUACGCCAACGCCACGACCAAUAUGACCAUCAUGCAAGAGUAUGUCGGUGCUCAUCGGCGAGAGAUAGACACGAUCUUCUAUUUCAACAUGGUCGGGAUAGGAAGGAGCGGCUAUGAGCCAAUACCGUGGAAUUUGUCUACGUGGCGAGACACGCUCGUUUUCAACGAUGCCAUCAGGAGCUCGGGGAGAGGGGAUGGUUGGAACACGGUCUUCCUGGAGAACCACGAUACCCCUCGGUCGGUCAGCAUAUUUGGUGAUGAUAGCCCUGAGUAUAGGGUGCAAAGUGCGAAGCUGCUGAGCAUGCUGCUGUCUACACUCUCCGGAACUCUUUUCCUAUUCCAGGGACAGGAGCUCGGCAUGAUCAAUGUACCGUCGACCUGGAACAUCUCCGACUAUCAGGAUUACUUAUCGCAGAGUUACUACGACGGGGUGAAAACUGCUGGCGGGAAUACAUCCCAGGCACUUUCGAACGUGCAAAAGCUCGCUCGAGACAACGCGCGGAUGCCGUUCAAUUGGAACAGCACUUAUGGCUUCUCGGCGAACAAAACGGCAUGGUUGCCCCAAGUCCACCCUGAGAUCAACCUCGCCGAUCAAAUGACGGAUAGCGAUAGUGUGUACAACUUUUGGAGAAGCAUGCUCGACCUCAGGAAAUAUAACAAGGACCUGUUCGUCUAUGGCGAUCUUGAGUUUGUGGACAAUGAGAGCGAGACGUUCAUGGUGUACAGGAAGACGGCAGGCUGUGAAUGCGUGUUGGUCGUUUUGAAUUUCUCCGAUCAAGUCGACCGAUGUCCAGUUGCAAUCCCCAAAGGCGCGAGAUUGCUUGCGGGGACACAUAGGAAGACGUUGGGCAAGCACUUUGAGGCUUUCGAGGGCCGUGUCUAUAGGUACUAA